UUAAUAGGACUGUCACGGCGAAGACACGUGUACAAAAGAAGUCGGUAAAGGGUUCCUUCAUAGAAGAAGCAGUGGAAAAAUAGUUUACAAGAGAGACAAAAUGUGGAGUUUCAUAAUCUGGAUGUUUCUCUUUGUACGGUGCCUUCGGUGUGCAGACAUCUAUGUGGACACAGGUAAUCCUUACAAACAAGGUCCUCUGGUGGCCGAGUCCUUCUUCGUGGACAAAGUGAAAGACCAUAGUCCUCUGCGCUCGCUUGUCUACUACCCGACAAGUCCUGGACAAUAUGGCGUCUUUUUCUUCGUUACGGGCUUCAAUGGCAUCGCCGUACUGGAGUUCUACAAGGGCUUCUUGGAAGGAGUAGCGCAACACGGCUUCAUCGUAGCGGCGUCAGACUUGGUUCCGACUGACCACACAGUUAACUUGGUGGAAUAGAAGAAAACUUCUUGAAGCAGUUGCAAUGGCUACAGAAAAAUCUGUCAACGCUGCUGGAGUCACAUGUACAGGGAGUGGAGCCCAGAUGGGACAGGGUCUCCAUUGGAAGUCACUCUGCUGGAGCUGACACCAUUAUGUGGAUGGUGCAGCAAAACAGCAGCCUCAGUCAGGCGGUGGUGCUGAUGGGUCCCUUUACCACCAACUUCCGGAAGCCCUUCAACGUGUCGCUACCGGUGCUGAUGGUGCAGAACGAGUUGUCUGUCCAGAUCCCUGCCUGCAUAUUUAAAGAGUUUGGCUAUCUCCACGUCUGGGACCUGUGGCAGUCCAAACCCAAAGUCCGCAUGAAUGUCAAAGGGUAUGGGCAUUGCGCGAUCGGCGAUAUGGACCUCUGGGAAAGUUGCAAAGAUUUGCACUUUUGCAAGACGAAUGGUAACAGCAGCAGUCUGGAAACUUAUCACAUCUUCUCACAGGGCAUCACCUCCGGCUUCUUGACCAGAUACCUGGGAGGCUAUGGGCCCAGCCUUGCUUAUGUCACCAACUCAACCCUCAUGCCCGUCCAGCUGCUAGACUUUGCGGCUGAUAUUUGAAUAACUUACACUGUAAACGUCACUUGCCUGUAAAGUCAAAGGUCAUGAUCGUGAGUGGUAAUAUCAUUAAUAAAGUUGAUUUAACAAGUAA